UGUUCACGGACAACUGACAGCCGAACCGCUCACACCCAUUGAGCGAAAAACCGUGUGCACUGCCACUUCGUUCCAUUCCCUUUCCCUCUUCUCCGGAGGAGAAUGAACCAGACAACGAACCGAUCCCUCUAUGUUUCUGCAUCUCCAGCCUUGCGAGUCGAUCAUUCAGCAAAAAGUAGCGAGUAUCGUACGAUCAUAAUAACUAAGCGCGAGCCCGAUCCCAAUUCCAAUCCCGAGUAAUACACAACUGCCUAUCUAAGCAUUCGAAAUCUCACGUCCAUUCAUUCGGCCCUACUCCGGUACCCCUCACCUCGAGUCCCAGGUCGCCAGCAGGGGAUGCCACCAGACGCUUUCGAGUCAUAGAUUAUGGUUCUCAACAAGGCCUUCGCGGCCGUUGUUACAGCUGCUGGCCUGCUUGCGCAAGAUGCAAUAGCACAUUCGGUGAAACGGAACCCACUAUCAUCGAUAGCCCGAAUCGAAGACGCAGUCAUACAGACACCAUCACACCGAGUACAUGCCCACUCGUCCUUCGAUGUCUCCUUUAUUCUCUCCAACACGCACCAAAAGAUCCGCCUAGCUCUCGAACCCAACCACGAUCUCUUCGGCGCUGACGCCACAGUACAAUAUCUGGCUGUCGACGGCUCCGUCCGUCGAGUCCAACCGGUCGUCAGGCAGGAGCACCGGGUGUUUAGGGGCGAGAGCUUUGUUCACCGGCAGGGCGAGUGGGGAUGGGAGCAUGCGGGAUGGGCUCGGAUCAAUGUUCGCCGCGACGGCGACAAGCCCAUUUUUGACGGCGUGUUCACCAUCGAUGGGGACCACCACCACGUUCAGACGAAGACGACUUACCGCCAGACAUCGGUCAGCGGGGAUCCCGAGGUUGACGAUGCCGGGGACGAGUACAUGGUCGUCUGGCGAGACACAGACAUCCAACCUGCGGGCCGCGAUGAACUGAAGCGCGACCUGAGCAAUGUGCCAACUUGCGGGUCGGACAGCCUGGUCUACAACAGGGACGAGAACAACAUCGUUUACAGAAGCCUUGUUGAGGAGACGGCCCGGGACAUAUCGGCUUGGCAGAUGAGCCCGAGGGCUCUCUUUGGACGCCAAACGGACACGAUCGCUGGUGGAAAUGGCGCCGGCGUCAACCUGGCAAACUCGAUCGGCUCUACCCAGGGUUGCCCGAACACGAGAAAGGUCGCUCUGAUCGGCAUCGCCACCGACUGCACCUACACCAAAGCGCUGGGAUCCGAGGAUGCCGUAACCUCAAACGUCGUCCAGAUGGUCAACGCCGCCUCGCAGCUGUACGAGGGCACCUUCAACAUCUCUCUGGCUAUCCAGAACAUGACCAUCAGCGACAGCGAGUGCCCGAGCUCGCCCCCACCCUCGGCCCCCUGGAACACGCCUUGCAGCGACAGCCUCAACAUCGAGACCCGUCUGAGCCUGUUCUCUCAAUGGCGCGGGCAGUGGCAGGACACGAAUGCCUAUUGGACUCUGCUGUCCACAUGCAGUAGCGGCGCUGCCGUAGGCCUGGCUUGGCUCGGCGCCAUCUGCCAGGAGGGAUCCACGACUCGUAAUAACGAGACGAGCGCAUCCGCCAACGUUGUCGUUCGAACGUCGACUGAGUGGCUGGUUUUCGCCCACGAGACGGGCCAUACAUUCGGCGCUGUUCACGACUGCGUCAGUACGACAUGCGCCGACGGGAGUGUCCAAAAACAAGAGUGCUGCCCGCUCAGCUCCAACACGUGCAACGCCAACUCGCAGUUCAUCAUGAACCCGUCGACCGGUGAGCGCAUCACCAACUUUUCGCCCUGCAGCAUCGGCAACAUCUGCAGCUUUCUCGGCCGCUCAAACCGGGCCAGCUGCCUAACCAGCAAUAGAGGCGUAACUACCUUCACAGGCAGCCAGUGCGGCAACGGCAUCGUCGAGCACGGCGAAGACUGCGAUUGCGGCGGGGAAGCCAGCUGCGCCAACAACCCCUGCUGCGACCCCAGGACGUGCAAAUACACGACGGGUAGCGUUUGCGAUCCGACCAACGAGGAAUGCUGCACGCCGCAGUGCACCUUCAUGGGCAACGGCACCGUCUGCCGCGCGAGCACCGGCUCCUGCGACCCGCAGGAGGUGUGCUCGGGCACGUCGGCCGGCUGCCCCGCCGACCAGAGCGCGCCCGACGGCCAGUCGUGCGGCAACGGCCUCGCCUGCGCCUCGGGCCGCUGCACGUCGCGCGACCAGCAGUGCCGCACCUUCAUGUCGGACGUGACGGGCUCGUGCUCCUCGUCGGGCUGCCAGGUCUCGUGCCACUCGGCCAACCUGCCGGACAACCAGUGCUACGUCACGAACCAGUACUUUCUCGACGGCACCCCCUGCGAGGGCGGCGGCCGCUGCUCUAAUGGCAACUGCGUCGGCUCCUCCCUCGGCCAGCAGAUCCUCGACUGGAUCCGCGACAACAAGCAGAUCUCCAUCCCCGUCUUUUGCGUCGUCGGCGGCCUGCUGCUCCUCGCCCUCAUCAGCUGCCUUUGGUCCUGCUUUGCGCGGAGCCGCCGCCGCAGGCGGUCUUCGCCUCCCAAGAUUCCGCCGGGACCGACCGCUUACUUUGGCGCCCGCGCCGUGGGUGGCGGUGGUGGUGGUGGUCGCGGCGGCGCCGCGUCCCCACCCAUGAUGAGGCCCGGUCCUUCGUAUGCGCCGGUGCCGCUGCACCAGGAAGGUGUCAUGGGCAUGGCCGGCGGGCAGCAGUACGAGCCGAUGCGUUCGAGGAGUUUCAGGUAUGCGUGAUGAUACCCGGCCCGGCUUGCCUUGCGUUGGCCUUGUCUCGCGGCUGGUUUUGGUUAUAUAGAUUUUUUGGUAUGAUUUUUGCUUGUUUGUCGGCAGCAAUUGCAUACAAAGCUGGCGUUUCUGGAGGAUGUCUCCUUGCUUUUCCUAGGUAUGUAGCCGGCGAGUAUCAAUUUCCUGUUGGGUAUUAUGUUUUUUGUGUUUACAGCGCUCUUGGUGUCGUACGUAUGGGCCAACGGCUUGGGUGUAUGGGUAUAUAUUUGGAACGAUGAUGACAUAUCUCUUGGUUGGGUAUAAAAGAUCAAUUCACUUCUCUUUCCCUUCAUCUCGAUGCACCGUUGUGUCGAAUUGUCUUUGCUC